AUGUCCUUCGACACAAUACUCCCCCCCUACAACGCCUCGGACCCAACCGCCCGCUUCCUCGCCUCCUCCUGUCUCGAUUUCCUACUUAUCGAGCUCGUCCCCAUGGCCUACAGGAUAACCAACCAACUCGACUCUGCUUCUCCCUCCGACUCCUCGUCAACUAAUGGUGGUGGUGAUGAUGCGCAAAGUACGGCUACUGGAUCAGCGGCAGGGGCACAGAGGAAUAGUGUGUUAUCUUCCGGGACCGGUGGGGGACUAAGUGCUGGUGGACUAGGGGGAGGAGGGUUAGGGGCAGGAGGCAGUUUGAAUGGGAGUGGAAAUGGCAGUGCAAGGAAAAUGGAUGAGGACGAGGAAAGAGAUGCGGUCUUUGCCAGGUUGGAAGGGUUGGGCUACAGAGUUGGGCAAGGGUUGGUUGAACGAUUCUCCCGCGACCGACCACGCUUCAACGAUACGCUGGAUGUCAUCAAGUUCCUCUGCAAAGACCUUUGGACGUUGGUGUUUAGGAAACAGGUGGAUAAUCUGAAGACGAACCAUCGGGGUGUCUACGUCCUAACAGAUAACUCCUUCCGCCCACUAUCGCGAAUGUCCGCGGAGACAAGUAGCCAAGCCAUAGCCAGGGCGCAACCGUUCCUAUGGUUCCCAUGCGGUGUAGUCCGUGGCGCCCUCGCAGCAAUGGGCAUCAACGCGACUGUUACCGCUGAGUCGAGCGAGCUUCCUGCGGCGGUAUUCCAGAUCAAGACGAUCAAGACGCAGAACUGA